GGACGAAGCAAAGGCCUUAGAAUUUAAGAGCGCCCUUUCUUCUUCCUCUGAACCUCAGAUUGUUCAUUCUAUUGGUAUUGACUUGCUUGACUCGCCUCACUAAUGGGGGAGCUUACUCCCAGCCCCAAUCUCCGCCUUCUUCCUCCUGCAAAGCUUCUCAUUCUCUUUCUACUAAUCAAUUCCAUCUUCUCCUUCCACUCUGCUCUCUCUGAAAUUUUUUUCGAGGAGAAAUUUGAAGAUGGAUGGAAGAGUCGUUGGGUCUUGUCUGAUUGGAAAAGAAGCGAAGGGAAAGCUGGAACUUUUAAACACACAGCCGGAAAAUGGUCUGGAGAUCCCGACGAUAAAGGCAUUCAGACUUACAAUGAUGCUAAGCAUUUUGCCAUAUCUGCAAAGGUACCAGAGUUCACCAAUGAGAACAGAACUUUAGUUGUUCAGUAUUCUAUCAAAUUUGAACAGGAUAUUGAAUGUGGUGGCGGGUACAUCAAGCUUCAUUCUGGUUAUGUCAAUCAGAGGAAAUAUGGUGGUGAUACCCCUUACAGUUUGAUGUUUGGACCAGAUUUAUGUGGUACUCAGACGAAAAAACUCCAUAUGAUACUUUCUUACCAGGGACAGAAUUAUCCCAUAAAGAAGGAUUUGCAAUGUGAAACGGACAAGUUAACUCAUUUCUACACAUUCAUUCUUAGACCUGAUGCUAGUUACAGUAUCCUUGUUGAUAAUCGAGAAAGAGAUUCUGGAAGCAUGUACAGUGAUUGGGACAUCCUGCCACCAAGGAAAAUCAAAGAUGUUAAGGCAAAAAAGCCUGCUGACUGGGAUGACAGAGAAUACAUUGAAGAUCCUAAUGAUGUUAAACCGGAGGGAUACGAUUCAGUUCCAGCCGAGAUUCCUGAUCCAAAGGCAAAAGAGCCUGAUAAUUGGGAUGAGGAUGAGGAUGGCUUAUGGAGGGCUCCCAAGGUUCCAAAUCCAGCAUACAAGGGACCGUGGAAGCGUAAGAAAAUCAAAAACCCCAAUUACAAGGGAAAGUGGAAGACUCCAUGGAUCGAUAAUCCAGAGUUUGAGGAUGAUCCUAAUCUUUACGUGCUGAAACCAAUAAAGUACGUGGGCAUCGAAGUUUGGCAGGUAAAAGCUGGAUCAGUGUUUGACAACAUUUUGAUAUGCGAUGAUCCACAGUAUGCAAAGGAAGUUGUUGACAAUACGUUUGCAAGUAAUAGGGAGGCUGAAAAGGAAGCUUUUGAGGAAGCAGAGAAAGAAAGGAAGGCUAGGGAAGAGAAGGAGGCUGAAAGGGCUCGAGAGGAAGGUGAAAAGAGAAGAAGGGAGCGAGAUAAUCGUCAUAAAGAUAGGAGGAGGCAUUAUCGGAGGGAUCGGCAUCACUUUGAUGACUACCACGAUGAGUUAUGAGGACGUUUGGAAGUCCACUUCACCUCACUUUGCUGAGAGGAAAUAUAAUUGGUUCAGAAGACGUCCAACCAUUUUGUGCUUCUGCUGUGAUAUUAGAAACUACUGCCUUUUUAAUUGUUGUAAUGAAACUUGCACAUUAAGGGGGGUUUGUAGUUCUCUUUCCACUAUGUAUUUCUUGUGUUUGAAUCUUUGCUUGCAGGUCCUGAAAUUCGCUUUCACAGAGCUAAUUCCCAAUCGUAUGGACUGAUUUUGAUUAUUAAUAA